ACAUCAUGUCCCAAAUCACAAAUGAACUGCAUUAUAAACCAGAAGAGCCUCCACAAUAUAGUCCAGACUCAGAGUCAGAUCAGGAAUCACAAAUACUGAAUCUACAACGACAAAGUGGGAACGAUAAUCAAUGCAGUACUGUAUGUACCGAUUUAUGUUGUGGUGGCUGUUUUGGCUGCUGCCUGGAACAAACUUGUAUGCGAUCAGAUAAAGAUAUGUUUGGCAGUAUAUUAGCAGUAUUAUGUUGUGGGACUGCUGCUGGGUUAGCAGUGCCGACGUAGUACGAUGACAGAUCAGAGUAUGUUGUGAACAAGCAGGGCUGUGCUGGUUGCUAGAAAAUCGCGUGCAAAAAAUCUUACGUCCUUCUACAAGAAAAACUUGUCCAUUUUAUUAUAUUAUACUAUCAUGAUUAUCAACUGGAGCUACAUUGUUUCAUUAUGGUAAUUACAAUAGGUAUGUUAUAUAAAAGCUUCCAUGAAAGAAAAUAAUAGAGAAUCUCGAGACGGCUGGAGAUCUUGUCAAGUUAGAUCGCUAUUUUUUUUCUAUUCUUGUAAGACAGAAAGAGAUGACAGAUAACGUUGAAUGACAUCCACACGGUAAUUAAUAAAUAUAGUAAAACAACAAAAUAAAUAAAUAGAGGAAUCCUUUUUAUAUCAAGGAUUUUAUUCCCAC